ACAGCAUGAGAACAUCCCGAGCCUAGGAAGUUCACAUCCCAUCAUCAGCAUCCAGCGUUUUUGCCCCCGCUGUCGAUUCAGCCCCUCCUUCCUCCCUUUUCUCGUACCCCAAGGGUCUCGCGAGCGCGCACGCGUGCGAAACUGCGUGGGAAUGGCUGUUUGUAUGAUCGAGGGGGUUGGGCCGCUUGGAGCGAGCGGUGAGCUGCAUGAGUUUGUAAUGUCCGCCAUGUUGGCAAUGGCGUAUUGAACCAGGGAGGAACAGCGGUGCCUACGAGAGAAAGAGACCGACAGAGAGCGAUCGAGACCCGGGCCUGCCCGGCUCUGUUCGCGCUGCUACGGACCCAAGCCCGCCCUCAAUCGACCGGCUGACUCUCAGAGACCGUCACAGAUUCAUCCAUGAGAACUCGAGGCAGACCUGCUGUUAUUCCUAGCAGAUCGAAUAGAUUUAUGCUGCAUCUUUUAUUAUAAAAAUGAGUAAAUUGUCGUUUCGGGCACGGGCACUGGAUGCUAGUAAGCCCCUGCCCGUCUUCCGCUGCGAGGAUUUGCCGGACCUGCACGAAUAUGCCUCAAUCAACCGGGCAGUACCGCAGAUGCCAACGGGGAUGGAAAAAGAGGAGGAAUCGGAGCACCAUCUCCAGCGGGCCAUCUCGGCGCAGCAGGUAUAUGGCGAGAAGCGGGACAACAUGGUUAUCCCCGUCCCCGAGGCGGAGUGCAACAUCACGCACUACGAGUCCCUCUACCCCGGGGAGUUCAAAAUGCCAAAGCAGCUUAUUCACAUACAGCCUUUUAGUUUGGAUACAGAGCAGCCAGACUAUGACCUAGAUUCAGAGGAUGAGACGUUUGUGAAUAAGCUGAAGAAGAAAAUGGAAAUCACUGCUCUGCAGUUUGAAGAAAUGAUAGACCGGCUGGAAAAAGGCAGUGGACAGCAGCUUGUCAGUCUACAGGAAGCCAAACUGCUGCUGAAGGAGGACGAUGAACUGAUCAAGGAGGUCUUUGACUACUGGAGCCGGAAGAGGAAAACCAGCAAGGGUGGCUGCCUCAUCCCCAGCGUCAAGCAGGAGAAGAGGGAUGGCUCUAGCACCAGCGACCCUUAUGUGGCCUUUCGCCGACGGACAGAGAAGAUGCAAACUAGGAAGAAUCGAAAGAAUGAUGAGGCCUCAUAUGAGAAGAUGCUGAAGCUGCGCAGGGACCUGAGUCGAGCUGUCACCAUCUUAGAGAUGAUCAAAAGAAGAGAGAAGAGCAAGAGGGAACUGUUGCACCUCACACUGGAAAUUGUGGAAAAGAGGAAUGUGUUGCCAGACUUUGGCAGUGAGGUGAUGGCAGAAGCACUGGCACAGCGGGCUCUGGUGAAGCCUGUUUACACCAUCCCCAUCAUUCCCCUGUCCAGCAGUAACCAGUACAGACAUCAGGACCACUUGGACAUGAAGGACUACAAGAAACCUGAGAAGACGGAGGCAGUUCGAACCAAAAGGAAAUAUGAAAAGAAACCCAAAAUCCUGCCUAUGUCAGCGCCUCAACAUUCAGGGCCCUCUGUGUUCAAUCCCAAGGACCUUAACCAGUAUGAUUUCCCCAGCUCAGAUGAAGAACCAUUCUCACAGAUCCAUUCAGGUUCCUCAGAGGCAGAAGAAGAGAAUGACCCAGAUGGCUGCUAUGCGUUCAGGAGGAAGGCCGGCUGUCAGUACUACGCUUGUCGUCCAGACCAGAGUGGCAGCUGGCCCUGGGUAAGCCCGUCAGAUGGUGGGCUCGGCGACCCACGCUUCCGCUACUGUCUGACCUCGCUGAACAUCCCAAGGCGCUGCAUAGGUUUGUCAAGGCGCCGUGUGGGCAGAGGCGGCAGGAUCUUGUUGGACAGAGCGCACACAGAUGUAGACAACAUCUGCCAGAGCCUGGACUCUGACCCAGAGCCCGAACCACUCGCCUCACCACUUCCAAGCUCUCCGCUCCACAUCUCCAACGCCAGUACCUCAGAAACCAAUACCUCGGACCCAGCCAGCUCCUUCCACCUUCCCCCAUCUUCAUCACCCCUGUCGUCAUUAAAACCGAAGGACCUCAGCCAGAUUCUUUUGAACAUUAAAUCUUGCCGCUGGAGGCACUUCAGACCACGGACGCUAUCUCAUCACCCUUUGGGUGGAGAUUUGUCACGCAGAGGAUUUAGGGAUUUUAGUUGGACUGUGUCGGGACUAAACCGAACCCUGUCUGGAGGAGCCAGCGCCCAGAAUCGCAUUGGGCCAGCCACCACUCCUGUAAAUGUGUUCACAGCUGAGCAGUACCAGCAGCACCAGGAGCAGCUGGCCCUCAUGCAGAAACAGCAGCUGGAGCAGAGCGAACAGCAGCAGCAACAAGCCAACAUUGUUCCUACAACUACCAACACACAGGCGCUCAUAUCCAAGACAUUAGACCAAGCCAGCGCCCAGUUUGCUGCUUCAGCCCUCGUCACCACGGAUCAGCUGCUGGCUUGUAAGUCCAAAGAGGACCCAGUACCGGUAGUCACGAGUGGAGUCAAUGGGAUCCUCCCAGGUGCAGGUGUUUUCAAAGGUUUGCACCUAUCCAGCACAACAGCAGCCCAUCACCAGACCAACCAGACGACGCACACUACCACCACCGCAGCCCCCACUUUCCUCCAACCUUCCUCCAACUCGGCCACCCCUUCGCCCGCAAAUGCCGUCCCCACCUCCCUCAACUCCAACCCCGGCGCUCAUGCAGCAGCGGCACUGGGGCUCCUGGGGUGCAGCGCUGCCAGUGCCACCCCUGCCACCACUCAGGUCCUCCUCGGGAACAACAUCUGUCUGGGCGUCACGUCGGCCGCCAGCCUGGCUGCACGCCACAUCCCCCGGACCCUUGGCAAUGUGCCAUCCUCUGCCUUAAAGCUGUCCACCACCACCAACUUGCAGAUCCCCAAAGUAUCUGGAGCAACAUCCAUGGACAUGAGCUCCAGGGAAAAUCACGAUGAAGAGAAGCCAGCACUGAACAAUAUAGCAGACAACACAGUGGCCAUGGAGGUGACGUAGUAGCGGUGCAGCAAAGAGUCCGCUCUUUAGGUGCUGUGCAUCGUAGCAUCGGGAAUGCAAAAGGGACGGCAGGACUCGGACUCGCAGACGGGACGUGUGGCCGCGGCCGCUCGCAAUUCUCAUCUCUCUCAUACUUUUUAAACCUUUUCUUUCUUCCCUUUUGGUUUUUUUUGUUACUGUUAAAAGUAAAAUAUUGACACCUGUAAAUUAUGAAUAUGGCAAAGUUAGUAUCUGUACAGUAACUUCAUAUUUGUAAUAUCCUCCCCACCACCCAGUGUAUAUAUACUACUUGAAUACAGAACUGUCCAUUUGUGAUGUUUUGCACUUGGGAGUCAAAGGAAAAAAAAAAGUGAGCCAAGUAACUUGUGGCGAGUGUGAGAGACGUGCGAGUUGUAUAGAGAAGAGUUUUAUUACAUCAUGUGCAUGGUGCGGAGCCUGCUGUUUUUAUCUAUUUAUUGUGCUGUGUUUACAGUUUCUUUGUUUUGUUUUUUUAAUUUUUGUUUUGUUUUGUUUUGAUUUUUAUUUGUACACUGUACCUUUUGUUGGUUCCUGUGCUGUAGUAAAUGUUAGGUAGCUACGGACUCCUGGGUAUUUUUGUAUAUUGUGAACACAAAGCAGGUCUCACCCCCCCCCCUACAAACAAACACAAACACACACACACACAGAUUUAUUUUGGCUCCCCGUGCUUCUCUCUGUGGAUCGUGUUAAAAUCAGUGGUGACAUACAUACAGACCUGGAGGCCAGGAGAAGUGGGUGGAGGAGGUGGUUGAAGAGGAGGUGGUUUGGUUCCCUCAUGGAGAGGCACUCCUCUCUUCAGGGGGCUUCCAUUAACAUUAUCCCAAUUACAAGUAACAAAACAGGGAUGAAGUCUCUUCCCAGAAGCUUCUGCCGCUUCUGAUUUAAGCACUAUUGUAUUUUCUUUUCUUUUUUUUUUGAUGGUUUUGAUGAAUAUCAAUGCUGCUUUUAUAUUUUAUUUGUUCUUUAUGGGGUUGUCCUUCAUUUUCAUGCAAGCGGAGUCCCCCGUUUUUGUAUUUGUUUUAUCCCACAAACAUUUUUAUGUAAAAGAAAAUCAGUUAUUUUUGUAUUUUUUUCUCUCUCUUGUGGUAAACUUGAUUGUAAGCCUUCGUUCAUUGAAAGACUUCAUUCUUUUGUUUGUUUGUUACUUGUUCAUGCAUAGGUGAUAAGGGAGGUGAAUGGACAGUAAUCGCUGUACGUGUUUCGUCAUUCCAGUUUUUAAUAACAAAAAAUGCUAAUGAAGGGGCAGAGAGUUGUGAGAAAGCAUCAGUUCUCUCCUCUCUUCCCUUUUCUUCAAGUUCUUUUUUUGUUUAUUUCUUUUUUUUUUCUUCUUUUUUUUCUUUGAAAAAAGAAUCUCCAGACGGCUGCAAGGCCAAAAACCACAAGUAUUGGGUGCCUUCCUUUGGGGAAUUUUAUGUUCUCUCUUCUAUGAAGAGUUAGGCACAAAGGCAGCAUUACUUAGUAGUGCUUCUCGUCUUUGUCAGAAUCUGAAUGCCCAGUCCAAUGGCAGGAUAUAUCCUUGAGGUUUACUUGUCCCACCUGGAGGCUGAAAAGACUAAAAAAAUGUGACAAAACUCUCACUAAAAUAAGACAAUAAAGCCCAGGGCAUUAAAUGUGA